AUGCUUGUAGUUCGUUUAAAAAUCCUAAAAUUUAAACCAAAAGCUCAUUUGGACCGUGUAUACAUUUUCCUGAAAUCGGUUUACAUAGAACGCUCAUUUAAAAGGCUUAAUUGUCAAAAGAAAAUCCAACGAGUUGCAACUAAAAGCUUACGGAAAUGGCUGCCACCUCCACUCCGAAAACUGUCACAGGGUAAAGUGGACAAAGCGCAAGCCAACACACCACCACCCCUCAAAAAGACUGGUUCCGAUAAGAGAAUAAAGUGUCCACGCUUCCAAACUACAAAGAAAAGUAGAGAACACGUAGAAGCAUCUUUAGGCGUAGCUCUAACUUAUAAUCCUACAACAUAG